AUGGUACAGCACGACAAACAGCAAAAGAACUACCACAUCCCGAGAUCUAGCCCAGUUUCAAUGCGAGGUUCUCAUACCGGUGGCCACCAACAACCUCCCGUUCGUCGUAUCAAUCUCACCCGUGGCGGAAGAGUUAGUCUCGUUACCGGCGUCAUAACCGGUGUCGUUGCUGCUCUUAUCUCAGGGACUGGACGAGGGCGCCGGCCAGGAGCAGGUCUUGUGAGUUUCACUGGUCACCGAAGAGGUGAACUUCGACUUCAAGAUGCUCACCAAUACCGGAGCCGAAACUCAUUGCGGGAGGAUCUUCGCCGAGUCUCAAGAGAUACUGAGGCAGCACAUCGCCGUUCAUUUUUACCCUUAGUAAUAGCGCGUUGGUAG